UAGCUGUACAAUAAAAAAAAUGUCUUUUAUGAGUUUCAGUUUUGAUUGAAUAAUUGUAAAUUUUACUUUAAAAUUUGUAAACCAAAUAUGCAUUUAAUGGGAAUUGUAUAAAAAUAAAAAAAUAAGAAAUCCUAUGAUUUACUUCUACUUCACAAUGCAUUUUCAUAUCUGGAUUUUGGUAAUGCUGGCAGUUAUAAACAUAUCGAUGAUGAAUGCAUAUAGAAAUUUCAACGAUAAUCGAGCUGUCUUUCUUCGAGAUAUAUUCCCCUAUUUUGUAAACGAUACGAGAAUAAAUCUAAUGCAAAACCUUUACUAUCACAGAAGACAUAAACUAAUACAACAUGCUGAUGGAAAUCAACUUUUAAAUACUUUUUCAGAACCUGAAGACCCAGUUUAUGAAGUUCACUACAAAGAACCUGUAUAUGAUCUAUCACGAUUGUAUGCAAGUCGAUUAUUAUUCCAAAAGAAAAGAUACCGAAGUUUGUCUGUUAAAAGAUUUGCGAUUCAUAGUUCCUUUCAAACUUUAAAAUAUAUUAGGGCAAGGCUGUUAAAAUACCACAGACGAAGAAGAUUCUACAAACCAUCAUACUAUUAAUCCAUUCUAUGUAAUAUGCUAAUAAAAAUAAAGAGUUUAAGUUGAAUCUGA